AUCAGUGGUCUAAUCUACGAGGAGACGCGUGGUGUCCUGAAGAUUUUCCUGGAGAACGUCAUCCGUGAUGCUGUCACCUACACCGAGCAUGCUCGUCGGAAAACUGUCACUGCCAUGGAUGUUGUUUAUGCUCUCAAGAGGCAGGGUCGUACUCUUUACGGUUUCGGUGGUUAAGGUGCUAGGGUUAGGUGUACUUGGUGUAAAUGCUAUGUCGCAAUGGGGUUGUAGA